GCACAGGGUAUAAAUAGGAAAACAGUUUGAGUUAGAGUCUUAGAGAGCAGUUGUUUGAGUUUGCUUCUAAUGGAUCUGUUGCUGUGAGCGUGUAUCAUCUGGCCUGCAGACAUGACAUACCCCGGCAGUAUACAUACUCCAGCUAGGACCUGACAGAGUGCUCCGCAACGGUAGCUUUGCAUGCAUAUAUAGGAUAAUUAAUCAUGCAAUUUUGCAUAGCUGCUCUUGAAGAGUAAUCAUCCAGCAUGAAGGUAAAGAGAUACAAGCACGCACGCAAAUACCUCGGCUUCUACAAGCACAACUUCAACUUCCGAGAGCCGCAUCAGGUCCUCGUAGACGGAACGUUCACACGCAUGGCUCUCCAGAACAAGAUCAACAUCAAGGAGCAGCUGCCUAAAUAUCUAGGAGGAGAGGUUCAGUUGACGACAACAAACUGCAUCCUAAAGGAAGCCGAAGCGUUGGGCAAGGCGGUGUACGGCGCCUACGUCAUCCUGAAGAGAUUCCAAGUGAGAAGAUGCGGUCACAAGGAUAAAGCGGUCUCUGCUUUCAAGUGUGUCAUGAGCAUGAUAGCCGACUCCAACAAGAACCACUAUUUUAUUGCUACUCAGGAUCCAGAUCUGAGUUCCCUUGUCCAUAGAACUCCAGGAACUCCACUCCUGUACCUUCACUUCAGUGCAAUAGUCCUAGAGAAACCCUCAGUCACCUCUACAGCAGCUGCUUCGUCUAUGACGUCCAAGAAAAUCAACCCUUCGGAGUUUGAGAAGAGCGCCUUGAAGAAACUCCAAGGAGCGGAUGGGACCGAUGAAGGGAAGAAGAAGAGGAAGAAGCGGAGAGGACCGAAACAGCCAAACCCUCUGUCCGUGAAAAAGAAAAAGAAGAAGAGUACUGAGCAGGGGUCGGUCGUGACAGGAGAGACGGAAGGAAAGAAAAAGAGGAGAAGGAGGAAGAAGGUGAAGAUAGCAUCACAUGUGCAGGAGCAACUUCAAGUUCAGCAAGCUUUUGGAUCGUGAAACGCUCUCCGUCUGUGAAACAAAGGAAAAGAUUCAAAAGGUGUUGUCUGAUUCAAGCGGUAAGAAGAAGAAGGUAAAGAUGCCGUCUUAAAGCUAUAGGGACUUCAAGACUCACAUAGUCUCCAUGAAAGAAUCCCUUUUUACAUCAUAAGUGGAGGUCUUAUGCAAUGGUAAUGUUGUGGAAACAUUCAUGUAGAACCCUGUUGGUGAAUUUUCACUUAGAAUGUGAAAAGCUAUUGAUAUUCCUAUACAUGAUUGGCCAAGAUUUCACAUUGAUUUUCCCAAUCCUCAUGUGCAGGUGUUACAGGGCUGGAAGAGAAAAGAUGCAAAUUAAUUUCUGCAAAAAGUUUGCUGCUAGUGGCUUAGAUUUUUGGUCUGGCACCUAACCUAAAGCAAGAGUUGCAUUUUUUUUCAGGAAUACUGUGUUUCAGAUGCUUAGCCUCAAAUAAAGAGAGUUACAUGAGGUUUGACUUAUUUUCAACAAACUAGUCAUUGGCAAAUGUAUCAGAGAGUUGAUGAUAUCACUCGCUGUUUCUUUUAGGUUGGAAGAAUGGCAAAGAGGAUUCAAACCCUCUUUUACAUCAUCAUGAGGAAAAUAUUAAGAUGUUUCAUAUUUCACAUAAUGAAUCAGUGAGUGUGUGAUGUCAGUUCAUUUGCAUACCAACCC